CGAGCUGCGCUCAAUCUCAGUACAACUGUGCAGUCUACGGUGGUCGAACAACUCAACUAAUUGACUUUAAAAAAGUAAAUCUUGUUUGAAUUUUAAUUAUAUAUUUCAUUCGCAAAGGACUUACAAAUACAUAUAGUAGCGGUGAAGCAAUAAAGUGAAAGUGCUAAGUGUUUAUAGCAAUAAAAAAGACACAACAACAAACUAAUCAUGUCCUCAAAAAGACAGGAUUUAAGUAAACGCACAUUCUUUAUACUAAGUGGCGUUUCCAAUGGCUUAGGCAAGUCGUUGGCCAUCGAAAUGUGUCGCCACUACAAAGCCGGUUCAUUGGCUAUACUCAUCGACGUGUCCGAAGAAAAUUUACAGGAAGUGAAGAAAGAAAUCGAAUUCCUUGAACGUGAUAUCAGCGUGAUUUGCUGGCACGUGAAGACAUGGCAGGAGACCAAUGGCGUUUACUUCCGCCAACUACUCGCAGCCAUCUUGCAAAAGUAUAGCAGCAUCAGCUGCGAUUUCGAACUCGCAUUUGUUAUACACAAUGAGGGCAAUAUGGCUACUGAUAAACUGAUGGAACCAGAAGCAGCUGACAAGUGGUUAUCCUUUGUACAGGAGCAUCUCUACGCACCAGUGGCGCUUAAUCAGGCCUUUCUUGCGGCACCACAGCUGUCGAAGACACCAAAACUUGUCAUCAACAUUACAUCGAGCCUGAUGAUCCGUCCAUUGGUGUACAAUUCAUUGAUGUGUUCUUCCAUGAAGGCACGUGAUAUGUACUUCCGUUCAAUGGCCAACGAAGCGGGUCGCAACGGUGUUAAUGUUAUCAGUUAUUCGCCGGGCAUUAUGGACACACACAAACCACAAUUGGAUUUGAAUAACAAUUUGGUCGAUUUGUCCGAUUUGAAUGUUAAUGAAAAAUUACUGAAAUUGCCACGUGUUAGCGCCAUGCAAUCUUCGCUCAAGCUGAUCAAUAUUCUGCAGAAAAUGUCCUUUAUCUCUGGACAUGAUGUCGACUACUACGACACUUUCAACUUAUGAGGAGCACUAAUGGAAUAUUAUCUCACAUUCACUACUCAUAAAGUGAUGUGUGGUAAUAUUUCAUUAAAAUUUCUUGCGGAAUUAUUGACCUGGCUGACUGAUGGGGAUUUUGCUAAUAAAAACGAUGAUUAUCAUAUAAAUAAAAUAAUACAAGAAAUUCUUUCUGCUGACAUCGAAGAUGACGAGAACGAAGAAGAAAACGAAAA